AUGACCACACUACCGUCCCACACGGACACAGACCCUGCUCCUAGUUGUGCACCACCAGACGCCGUUCAAUAUAACCAGCUGCCUUCCACGGGCCUCGCUGCAAUGCAGCUUCCCAAUGUCCUCUUCCCUUCCUCCUCUUCGCCACUACACCCCACCAUCUCGAUUUCAUCGUCAUCUUCGUCCUCAUCGUCCUCAUCCGAUCCGUCCUUCGAGCCUUCCGACGCUCGCGAUUCUCCAUCUACUCCACCUGCAGCAGCAGGUCGUUCCAGCCGCUUUAGACUACCACGCUUGUCGCUCUGGGGCCUCAAUCCCUCCGAUACAGUGGUCUGUCAUACCUUGUCCUCACAAACCGACAUCCCUACUGAUUUCGACAAGCUUCAAAUCAGCCGAGCCCAACCUCUUUCGCUGCAUCUCUCCACCGGAACCGAUGAGCACCGCUUAGCUUCGGAAGCGGACUCCCCGUCGCCGUCACCGCCUGGCGAACCCAUGCUCGCAAUCCACGAGCCCGUCCGUCCGCCGCCCAUGUCGUCACCAAAACUCGGCUCAGUAUGGCGACUGGGUGGCGGUCUCUUUGCUUCAUCUUCAGGCUCGCCUACCAUCAAGCCUGAGCCUCGUCGAGGUCGACCGCAGACAGCUGAUCCUUCGACACCUCGAAGCGCUACCAGUCCAGCUUCGCAAUUUGCUUCCUGGUCAGAGCUCAUGCACUGCCCUGCUCCGCCUAAUCGCACCACCACCUUCAGCAGUAUCUCGUCGGCAUCCUGCAGCAGCUACUCUCGCCCCUGUGUCAAGAAGGUACGAAGUCAGGACAGCAUUCGAUCUUCUCAUUCCGCUCGUCCCCUCGACUUUGAAUCCUCGAGUCUGCACAGCUACGGCACUGUCCCUAUCCCCCGAGUCAUCAAGACCAAGCUGCGCUCCAAAUCCAAGGCCAAGAUGGAUCACGACCUUGAUAAUGUCUUCCUUGCCCAGGAGCUUCAUGCCGCAUCAUCAUCCAGCAAGAACGCACUACCCGCGAGGAGCCCCUCGUGGGUGCCCAAAGACUUUUCCAGUCAGGACAACCGCCACAAGCGUUCCAGUUUGAUAGCACGCCGAUCCACCUCUCCUCAUGCAGUCCAAAGGAAUAAUUCAAUCGAGUCGGUCCCCCUCCAACGGCGCACUAGCGAUGUCUACAGCCCAGCUGGCUUUCACGACGCUGAAUGGGGACACGUCCAGCCAGGUCGAAUCGACCGCCAGCUCAGCACCGGCAGCCAUCUUACCACCGCAUCGUCGGGCACCACCAGCUCUUCCGAGGCCGGCGAGGCCCUGACGCCACGAUCUCCGCGUUUGACGUCAGAUCAAGAGCCCUCUGCCGAAUACAAGGCUAAGCCUACCAAGGAGUCCAAGCGCAAGACGUAUGCGCUCCAAUUCUCACUAGACGGUCGUUAUCUUGCAGCGGCAGGCUCGGAUCAUCUCAUUCGCGUCUACGAGGUCAUCUCUUCGCCUAGCGACCGUACGGAUGAGAUCGAGCUGGCACAGAUGCAUCGCCCAGAUGACAGUUGUCAUAGGAAGAUGGGGUCGGCAUGUUCGCAGGGGUUCUGCCCUUCGGGUCGAAGCCAAGCCAAGACAGAUGCGCGCACCGCCAACACGGAGCUGGCGCCAGUGUUCAAGUCGACUCCGGUCCACGUGUUUGCAGGACACACGGGCGACGUGCUGGAUCUCUCCUGGAGCAAGAACAACUUCCUUCUCAGCUGCAGCAGCGACAAGACGGCCAGACUCUGGCAUCCCAACCGCAGCGAUUGCCUGUGCACGUUUACCACAUCUGCCACUGUUUCCUCGGUGGACUUCCACCCUGUCGACGAUCGCUUCUUCGUCACCGGCGGCUUGGACGGCAAGUUGAGGCUGUGGAACAUCUCGGCCCGUCGAGUUCAGUCGAUCAACGAUGUGCCUGGUGUCAUCACUGCGGUUGCCUUUUCGGCGAGUGGAGCUACUGUUUGCGUCGGCACCCACUCUGGCUCCGUGGUCACCUUUGCGUGCACAGAAACGCUCACCUACGUCAGCGCUGUGACAGUCAAGUCGGCCGCCGCAGCGAAGACUACGCCGGCAAGCAAGAUUACCAGCAUCCAACCGAUCAAGCUCGACGCCGCCACCGCAUCCGCCGCUGUGAACACCAGGUCUACCGCCGCCAAGCCAGAGUCGGAAUACAUGACGAUCACAUCGAACGACUCGCGCGUGCGUAUCUACUCGAUCGCCUCGCGCCGGCUCGUCUCGCGCUUCAAAUCACCGCAGUACAUGAACCGCAGCAGCCAGAUCCGCGCCACCACCUCCUCGGACUCGCAGUACAUCAUCUCCGGCAGCGAAGAUGCUUCCAUCCACGUAUGGAGCGUCGCCUCGAGCGCCCCCCUCUUUGCGAACCUGUUCUCCGGCAUGAAGCGGAACAAGUCGAUCCUCAAGCAGGGCGGCGCCGCUGCCGCUGCUGCUACCGCUGCUGCGGAUGCGGGGGACAACUCGACCUGCCGAUCGUGGCAGGCCGGCUCGGGCAGCGUCAGGUGUGCCGUGUUCGCACCCGCGGCUACCGCGCACCUCCUCGCCCUCGCACUGGACCCACUGGAAACUGCCGAGAAGGCCAAGCCCGGCUCGAGGAUCAUCGUCUCUACCGACGACUCGAACGCUAUCAGAAUCUGGAGGAGCGACCCGCACGCUCGGCUGGUCUGA